GGAAGGCGAGUCUUGUGCUGAUCAUCAGCCACUCUGGACUUCACACAAGCACCGAGUCUGUCGCUCCUUUAAUCCGGAUUCUAACCUGCUCCCAAGUUCCCAACCAUGAGGACAAACGUAUGGAUUUACCACGCUUUGGUGUGUGUUGUGGUCACUACAUUGGACACAGGUUGCUGUAGAAGGACUCAUCAGUCAUUACAGAGGUAUGAGAAGACUGAGGGCCACAUGCUGGUUUGCACAGACUGUCCUCAGCCCCCUUUGGUACGAAACAGUCGAUCGCAGGAACACUGCGCCCGAAAGUGCAAAAAGGUCAAGAAAAACUUCAACUGUAGGGCUUUCAACUUUCAAAGGCACAACAGGAAAUGCCACUUGCUUCCCUUUGACCGUUUCACCCACGGUGUGAAGAAGCAGGCUAACGUCAACUUUACUUUGUAUGAAAAAAAAGAUUAUAUAAGGGAGUGUAUCAUCGGCACCAAGGACAACUACAGAGGGAGGAGGUCUUGGACGAAGUCAAACAUCACUUGCCAGGCUUGGUCAGAUAAUAACAUCAAUGAGCACACGUUUUAUCCUGAUAGGUACCCAACGCAAGACCUGAGGGAGAACUUCUGUCGGAAUCCCAACAACGAUCCUGGUGGUCCGUGGUGCUACACCACAGACCCCAACGUACGAGCUGAGGAGUGUGGCGUACCACAGUGUUCAGAGGAAGUCUGUGUGACGUGUAAUGGGGAGGAUUACUGGGGCAAAAUGGACCAUACAGAGAGCGGCAAGGAGUGCCAGCGAUGGGACUCAGCAAGGCCUCACAAACACCACUUCCAGCCCAAAAAGUAUCGGGACAAAGAUUUAAAAGACAACUACUGCCGAAACCCGGAUAACCGUCUCCGUCCCUGGUGCCACACCAUGGACCCCAAAACUCCAUGGGAGUACUGCAACAUCACUGUGUGUGAAUCAGACUCCAGUGAGGACGCAGAUGUCAAUGUAACAACAUCCUGUGUCCAGGGGAAGGGCACCGAUUACCGAGGCACAAUGAAUGUCACUCCUGAGGGCGUGACAUGUCAGCGCUGGGACUCUCAGUUCCCCCAUAACCACUCAUUUCUUCCUCAGAACUUCAAAUGCAAAGACCUGAGAGAGAACUACUGUCGUAAUCCUGAUGGUGCAGAUUACCCAUGGUGCUUCACUACAGACCCUAAUCAGAGGAUAGCCAACUGCACCCACAUCCCCAGGUGUGAUGCUGAGGCCACACAAAAAAUAGAGUGUUACGAAGACAUCGGACAGACAUACCGGGGAACUUUAUCCAUAACUCGUUCUGGGAUUCCCUGCGCAGACUGGUCACAUCAUAUAAACAGUGGGGAUUCUCACUCUACAGUAUCCCAUGUAGGGCUGGAGAAGAACUACUGCCGGAACCCAGACCGGGACAAGCAUGGCCCCUGGUGUUACACCAAUCCAAAUAACCGCUUGGCCUGGGACUACUGCAAACUGAAGCACUGUGAAUCAGCUACAGUGGCUCCUCAGCCAAACACUCUGACCAGACCCAAGAUAUCAUGCUUCGUGCAUAUAAACACCAGAAUAGUUGGAGGACAUCAAGUGCGAGGUACCGAUGGUGGCUGGGUUGUAAGCAUCCAAAGAGAGAAGGUUCAUUUGUGUGGUGGCUCACUGAUCAGAGAAGACUGGGUUUUGACAGACCAACAGUGCUUCACCUCCUGCGUUCCAGAUCUCAGGGAUUACAGUGUGCAGGUUGGUCUACGACACCUCAAUGAGUCCUCAAGCCACCCGAGACUACGCAUCUCUCGCCUGAUUUGUGGCCCAGAAGGAUCCAACCUGGUUAUGCUGAAAUUAGCAGAUCCUGCGCCUGUGUCGGAGGGUGCCUCCACUAUCCAUCUUCCUGUAAAAGACUGUCACAUCACCGAAGGCACCAACUGCACCAUGUAUGGAUGGGGGGAAACCAAAGACACAGGAUAUGAUGAGGCACUGAACACUGUAACGAUGCCUAUGGUCAACAAUGACAUGUGCUCACAAAUCAAAGGGGAUGCUGGGGAGAGCAGAAUAUGUGCCGGUGGCAAUAGAGGAGAAGGUGUAUGUGAUAAAGACAAUGGAGGUCCAUUGGUCUGCCAGGAACAUGAGCGCAAAGUCAUCAUCGGUGUGAGCAUCCAAAGGACAAAAUGUGCCUCAUCGCAGCCCGCACUUUUUGUCAACGUUGCUUUCUACUCAGAGUGGAUAUAUAAAGUGUUCAAACUUUACCCCAGUUUGGAGAGGAACUAAGAUAUUGCGGUGUGAAAAUCAGCUCCAUGCAGGGCUGCACCACAGCCUGCGAGGAGAGAGGGGCGACUGCGGGCCAGAAAAUUCCAAGACCUCUCCAUGACCUCUCCAGCAUGGACCACAGGGGAGAAAUUCGGAAAAUCGCCUUAUGGAAAGUGGCCUUUUUGGGAUUUUGUGGCUGAAUUUGUCAUUUCGCGGAGAGGACAGAGACUAGUGGUUGAAGACUGGAUAUAAUAAAAUGGAAUCCCACCAAUUCUUCCACUUUGCAGAUAAAGACCUGCAGGUUGUUAGCCUUAAUACCAUUUUUACAACCAAAGUCCCGGGCACAUGGACGGCGUACUAAUUGUAUUUUGACAUGUUCAGAAUUUCUGAAGCCAUGCAAGCAAAGAUAAUGAGAAUGACACCUGUGACUCAGUAUUAUCUCCUGGAAUAUACUUGAAUGUGGACUGAACCUAGAUCCCUGUUGGAUACCACUCAAGGUAGCCUUUUGUGACUCUGGGAUUUCUUUCUUUUUUUUUUGAAAUGUGUUGAGCUGGACUGCAAAAUGUCAUUUACCUCCAACACAAGUGAUGUGGAUGGACAGAAAUGGUGUUCCAUAAUGUCAACACAUAUACUAAGUUAUAGGAUACCUAACAAAUAUCACAAUAACUAAAAAUAUCCAACAAACAAAACUAUGGUCAGACCAAAAAGAAAGAAAAUAUAAGGAUGAAAAAGUAAUUUUAAAAUCAGUAUUAAAGACACUAAAGUCUCAAUGAGAAAACCUGUAAUUGGUUUCAGAGAUACCAUUGGUUAAGUAUAUAAAAUACACUAUUGCUGCUCGAAAAGCUGACUGCAGCAGCCUUGGCAAACCAUUCAGUGCUAAUUGUGUGCAGUAGCUGGACUACCUUUUCCCCAGUUAGCUGUAACUGUUAGUUUCCCCGUGAGAGGGUCUAAGUAGGACUGAGCGAACUGCUCCAAAUCUUAUGCUAAUAUUUGAAGCAUGAGAGAGAGAAGAGCCAUGCCAAAUAUAACAUGGUUAUUUGGUCUCCAGUUUGGAGGGAACUGUGGCCCCUGGUGGGCUGUGUGUGGUCAGUAGGAUAUUUUAUACUUUUUUUUUAUUUCAUGGAAAGUGACUCCUUAUGUACAUAACUGCAGAUUUAUUGAGUAUGUUUCUGCCGUGCUGUAAGAUUUUAUAGGUCUUAUAGAUCUGGAAUAUUUUUGGUUCACUUGGUAAUAUCAGAUUGGCUUCAUCCUGCCUCUGAUUAUGUUUAAUAUUUAAAGAGACUGGUAGUUUGUGAGCAGUAGUUAGUUAUAUUUAUUGUUUUUAAUUAGCAGAAGACAUUGCAGAAAAGUCCAGAUUUGGAUGUUGUACCUGGUUUUUGUUUCUUCUGAGAGUAAUUAAAUACCCCGUAAUGACUGGGUGCAUGUUUGACCCCCAGGUGAAAGCCACAGAAACAUAAAAUAAUAUGUCACGGACAGUCAAACUUCUUAAAUUUAGGUCGCUUCUAUCAUGUUAAGUUUGUGUUGUUCUACUCGGGGGUAAAUUUGAAGCUUGUUUAUUUGGGGACCAUUUAAAAGGAAGUGAAAGUUGAACAGGAAUUUACACACAAACACAAAAAAACAGUCAAAGAUGCAAAAGAAUGUGUUUAUUUAAAAAACAAAGAAAAAACCACAAGUUCAGGCACAAUUAUUUUAGCUACGAUGAAGCCCACUCAAUAAGGAACAAACCACUACAGGUGAUAUGAAAUCCGUGGCUUCCUGUUGGUCACUUUUGGUACUUAAACUGGGAAAAACUUCCGAUGAGGCAGAUAGUCAGAUUAUAAAUGAUGAUCCUGUGGCCCUGCGAUUCCCAUUCACUGACAGCAGUGUAUUUUAGUGGCGCCCUGUUUGCGUGGCCAUUACUAGAGAAUUAGAGCGUGAAAUUCUCUUCUCAGCUCCAAGAUGACUGUUCUGAAGAUCACAUGGAAAAUGGUACAUACAUUAACAAUAUCCAACUAUCAUCUAAUCGCCUCGCGCAGGUUACAGCCAAGGUGAAGGUCUAUGAAGCAGCGAUUUAAAGGAAGGAAGCUUCAUUGCAGACGACUGACUGAUUACACAGAUGAAACCAAACGCCAAAUAUUCUUACUUAUGUGGUAGAUCAUGUAACUGUGUUGUAAAUUGAUCUGUUUUCUUGUCAACCAUGCUCUUAUGGAGUUGUAACUGUUAUUUAAUUUACCUUAAUGUAAAUAGCCUGUAAAUGACAAUUUGUAAUUUUUGUAAAUAUCAUACUUGAGUAUUUUUACUUCAUGAUCAUUCUGUUUAUAUAUUUGUAUAAUGUAAACUUUAAAUGUAACAGCUGCUAUUUUGUGUUAGUGAGUUUGUUUAUAUGACCUUUUCUGAAUUUUGUAGCCUUUGUAUUAUUCCUAUUUUAAUAAACUA